CUGGCUCCGGCCUGUUUGCAGGUUCCGUGCUCCGGUCGCACUGUAAGCUGCGUGCCCACGGGUGGCUUAAGCGGAGAUGGCAGCCACUCUGCAGCGCAUGGAGCGGCUGUCCAGUCGGGUGGUGCGCGUCCUGGGCUGUAACCCGGGCCCCAUGACCCUGCAGGGCACCAACACCUACCUGGUAGGGACCGGCCCCAGGAGAAUCCUCAUUGACACUGGAGAACCAGCAAUUCCAGAAUAUAUCAUCUGUUUAAAGCAAGCUCUGAACGAAUUUAACACAGCAAUCCAGGAAAUCAUUGUGACUCACUGGCAUCGUGAUCAUACUGGAGGCAUAGGAGAUAUUUGUAAAAACAUUGAUAAUGACACUCCAUAUUGCAUUAAAAAACUCCCACGGAAUCCUCAGAGAGAAGAAAUUAUAGGAGAUGGAGAGCAACAAUAUAUUUAUCUAAAAGAUGGAGAUUUGGUUAAGACUGAGGGUGCCACUCUAAGAGUUAUAUACACACCUGGCCACACUGAUGAUCAUAUGGCUCUACUUUUAGAGGAGGAAAAUGCUCUCUUUUCUGGAGAUUGCAUCCUAGGGGAAGGAACAACUGUAUUUGAAGACCUCUAUGAUUAUAUGAACUCCCUAAAAAAGUUACUGAAAAUCAAAGCUGGUAUUAUAUAUCCAGGACACGGCCCUGUAAUCCAUAAUGCUGAAGCUAAAAUUCAACAAUACAUUUCUCACAGAAAUACUCGAGAACAGCAGAUUCUUCAAGUAUUUCAUGAAAAUUCUGAUAAAUCAUUUACAGUAAUGGAGCUUGUAAAAAUUAUUUACAAGAAUACUCCUGAGAAUUUACAUAUCGUGGCUGAACGUAAUCUCUUGCUUCAUUUGAAAAAAUUAGAAAAAGAUGGAAUGAUAUUUAGCAACAUGGAUCCUGACAAGAAAUGGAAAGCUCAUCUUUAGUUUCAUAUUAGUGAAAGUUCUGUUGUUUUGUUUUUAGAGAAUGGUAUGUUUUCUUAACUAUUAAUUAUUUAUGGAGAUUAUAGAGUAUAUAACAUUUAAAAUAACUCUGGAUAUACUUUAAAAUAAUGUCGUUUUCAAAUAUAUAAAUUAUACUUUACAUCUAUGAUAUAAAAUAUUUAUCUAACCUAGAUCAUGUAACAUUUUACCAAAUAUUCAGGAACCAAGAGUUAUCCACUUACAAUUGAUUAAGUAAAAUGAUUACUUUAAAAAUAAUAAAACUUAUAUAAUUUAAACUGGAUAUUAUUCUUAGAGAUUGGUUACCUAUUACCAGUGGCCAGUGGUACUGUGUUCUCUAGCUGCCUUAGUAAUUUCUAUGUAACCCUUCCUUUUCUGCAACCCUUGUCUAUAUCUUCAGAUGAUAGGUUUGUUUUCAUGUUUCUAUCGAUUAUAUCAUGAUUAUGUAUUCUGUAGCCCUU